GACAUGACAAAAACAGCACUCCUUAAAUUGUUUAUGGCAAUAGUGAUCACAUUCAUUUUAAUUUUGCCAGAACAUUUCAAGACAUCAAAAGGAAGAACAUUGGAGUUUUCCUGUCUGAAGGAGUGUUUACAACCUGGUUCCACCUAUUUGCUCUCUUCCUUAAAUUUUUCUUUUGUGACUUUUCUGCAACCCGUAAGGGAAACUCAGACUAUGAUGGGAAUCUUUCUAAAUUACUCCAAUUUCCAAAACUUCACUAAGAUUUGCCAAGACAUCACAAGUGAAUUUAAAACAUGCUCCUUGUGUUUGGUUUGUGGAUCCAAAGGAAACACGGAUUUCAUUUUUCAGGAACAGACAUCAAAAGUUCUUAUCAUGAUAGGAUCAAUGGAAAGGAAAGAAAAUGAUUUUUAUUCACCUUGUCGACAUUUUAACUUCACUGCAACUCCUGUAAUUGACCACACGGAGGAAUAUAACACUACCUGUAAUCUAAAAAACCACACUAGAAAAUCAAUAAUGGUGGAAGAAGAUCCAAUCAAGGAAAAGUCUACAAAUCACACUUGUAGAAUUAUGGACUAUCCUAACAAUUGUAUUCACAUUUCUUUGCACCUAGAAAUGGAUGUAAAAAAUGUUACCUGUCCCACGAAGAUCGCUUGGUAUAUUUUAAUUCUAUUAGUUUUUAUAUUUUUUAUCAUCCUCUUUAUCUUCAAAAUACUUAAAGACCACAGGAGAGUACAGAUGUGCCAGAGUCAUACAUACCAAGGUACAUCUGUUCUUCUAAGAGGAAGUGAUUCUGAGAAACUGAGAGCGUUGAAUGUGCGGGUCAUUUCAGCAGAGUCCACACAGGGGCUGCCCUUGGUUCAGGUCAAGGAAGUGCUGCCCCCAAUACCAGAACUGGAAGUGACUUCUGCAGCUCAUCAUCGAGGUCAAUAUACAUGACUAUCCCUGGGCAGAUUGGACUGAACCCUGUUGAAGAAUACUUAUAAUUUUAUUUUGGGAAUGAUUGGGCUGGUAAAUGUUUGGGUCCAGCUGAGACUGCACAAUAGGAAAGCAGCGGGUAUCAGACCGCUUGGUGGGAAAUAGCUCCAGAGCCUUUCAUUUGACCCAGGAGAUCAAGGGAACGAGCCUGUUUUCAAGGAACCAGCGUGAGACAUGGAAAACAAGCCGGAGAAACCCACGGAAGGAACAAGGGAACACUUAUUCUUUUUUUUUUUUAAAUCCACCACUAGAGUGGACCCAAGGUUUUAAUUUUGACCAAGAAUGGUCAAGGUUGAAAGUUCUUUCUCUCAUUGCAGAUUCUGAUUGGGUGAUUUUUUCCCCCCCGUACUGAUAAUAGUUUCUACUUGGCAAAUUACUUAAGAGGACCUGGGUUGUUUGCUUACAUAUUUGUUUGCAUUUAUUAAUCUUGCCUCCU